CAGAUGUUUCUCAAAUAUCAGAUACAAUCGACUGACUUCAAAAAAAUAAUACUUAAGAAAAAUACCUAAUUUAAAUAUAAAAUCCAAGUGCUUAGAAAAUGUUGCGUCAUUUAAUAGAUACUGCUGUAAGAGGCGGCUUACCGCCCGUGGCCGUACGCUUACAAAGUUCAAAAACUCCAGGCCAAGGUGAUGGUAACAAACUUAGUCAUCCAGUGAAAUUGGCUAAUAAUGCAGACAUACCGAUCGUCGACUACAAUGAUCCUGAUUAUUUGCCUUUGCCUGAGUAUCCGAAAAAAUCGAACGAGCCAUUGGAUAUUAAAAAGCAGCGUCUUCUUUAUCAAUCUCGCAAACGUGGUAUGUUGGAAAAUGAUUUGCUAUUGAGCACUUUUGCCGCCAAAUAUCUGAAAGAUCUAAGUAAGGAGUUAACUGAGCAAUAUGAUAGUUUGAUAAAUGGUGUCACAAACGACUGGGAUAUUUAUUAUUGGGCUACGAAUGUCAAACCGACACCACCCGAACAUGACAACGAAAUAAUGCGUAUGCUUAAGGAACAUGUUCUUAAUGCAGGGCGUGAGUCACGUAUAAGACAACCGAAUUUGAAUUAAAAAUGAAUUACUCGUUAGUUUAUUUUAACCUAUAGAAUGGUUUAAUAUGUCGUUAAUUCUCUCAUUAAAUUUAUUGUAUUAUUUAAUUAUACUAUUCGCUUAUGCUUAGUAGUUUGUUAGUUGCGUAAAUAAGAUUUCUAUUGUUAAUAAAAAUUCGAUGUCGCUUCUUUAA